ACUCAUCUCUCCAACCCCAACACUACUUCUGGUUCCAAGCAGCGAAGACCUUCUCGAUCAAGGCAACCUCCUCGCUAACUGCACAAGGGGUUGACUGAGCAUUUUAAUAUCCAAUCUGGAACGAGUUAGGUCAGCCAUUGAAUUACUUCGACAACAGGGAUGACACUGCUAUCAAAAAUCGCUUUUUUCACUCUUCUAAUGAUCUACCAUGGAAACCAAGUAGAAUCAGAUGCCUCUAAUCAUCACUACAAAGAUGGAGAUAUUGUCCCCUUGUAUGCCAACAAAGUUGGCCCAUUCUCUAAUCCUCGGGAAACAUAUGCUUAUUAUGAUCUUCCCUUUUGUUCUGAAGAUAUUGUGAAAGAGAAGAAACUUAAUCUAGGGGAGAUGUUGAAUGGAGACCAUCUUGUUUCAACUCCAUAUAAGCUUGAAUUUCUUGUGGAAAAGCAUUUUGAAUUAUUAUGCAAUAAGACACUGAGUAAAACAGAAGUUUCUCAGUUCAGAAGGGCAAUAGAAAAGGAUUACUAUAUGCAAUUGUCUUAUGAUGACUUGCCAAUGUGGGCUUUUAUUGGAAAGUUCAAAAAGGAUGAUAUCGAUGAAAAGAUCAAGACCAAGUAUUUCCUUUUUAACCACUUUGAUUUCGAGGUUCUUUAUAACAAGGAUUAUGUUAUUGAAGUCAGUGUCCGAGUGCGUAGGGAUUCAUUCACAGAUGUAACAGAAGACAAGGAAGUUGAUGUGGGCUUCACAUACUCUGUUAUGUGGCGCCAAACACAACUAUCAUUUGAUACGAGAAUAGAUAAAUACAUUAGUUCUUCGAUUGCACAAAACCAUAUGUCUAUACAUCAUCACUCAGUUACAUUCUCAAGUGUCACUCUCCUCAUUCUAAUCAUUUCCCUACUGACAUUUUACUUACUUGUCCUUCGCAAAGACAUUUCUAGGAACUUAGCUGAUGUGGAAGAGGAUAUAUUGAGUUAUAAUAAGCAAGAAGAGAUAGGGUGGAAGAAUGUUCAUGGUGAUGUAUUUAGAUUCCCACAACACAAGUCUUUAUUUGCUGCGGCUCUUGGUGCUGGAAGUCAGUUGCUUAUAUUGAGCUUAGCAAUUCUUGGUCUUGGGGUCGUAGGUUUUUUUCAGCCCUAUCUGCGAGGAGUACUCUGGAACGCACUUAUCAUUGUAUAUGCACUUACAUCUUUGGUCUCAGGAUACUCUUCUGUUUCCUAUUGUCAACUCGAAGGAACAAACUGGAUCAAGAACCUAAUACUGGCAGGAGGAUUAUAUUUUGGGCCUCUAUUUCUAACAUUUACUUUCCUAGACAUUGUUGCCAUUUUUUAUGGAUCAACUACUACAUUACCAUUGAGAGCAAUAGUCAUGCUAUCUCUCUUGUUGAUAUUCAUAGCAUCACCAUUGCUUUUUUUAGGAGGCAUUAUUGGGAAAUCCAGAAUGUCUGAAUUCCAAGCUUCCUGCAAAACUGCUAAAAUUCCUAGAGAUAUUCCUAAGCUGCGUUGGUAUAGGGGUGUUCUUCCUCAGAUGGCUUUGGCAGGAAUUUUGCCUUUCAGUGUCGUAUAUAUUCAGUUGUACUACGUAUUGGCAAGUGUUUGGGGACAUCGCUUUUAUACAGUUUAUAGCAUUAUGUCCAUAGUCUUCUUUCUUCUUCUGAUCAUGACUGCUUUAGUUUCUGUGGCACUGACAUACUUCCAGCUUGUGGUUGAAGAUCAUCAAUGGUGGUGGAGGUCACUUUUGUGUGGUGGAUCUACUGGAUUGAUAAGUGCAAGUACAUUGCAUGUUCUGUGUAACUUGCCCAGUGAUCAUCUGUCUUUUUGGAAUUGA